AUGGAGGUGGGGCCGUUUGACGCCCGGCUCAUCCCGGAGUACGAUGGAUCAUCGGACGCCGUGGAGUGGUUCACGCGCGCAGCGGCGCUGUGCAGGCAUCGCGGCGUGGACCUGACCGGCGUCCUGCCAGCACGGCUCACGGGCGGCGCCUUCGCUGCCUGGCUGCGGAUGCCAGAGGCAUCGCAGGACUCCGUGGAUGCCGUGCGCGACGCGUUGUACGACGCGUUCACCAUGGACCGUCUCGCGGCCUACGAUGACUAUGCGAGUCGCCGUCUGCAGCCUACGUCCGACGGGAAACGAGUCGGGGGACGCCGCGUCAGCGCGAGCGCCGUCUCCUCGCCAUUAAGGGGCGCGCUUCCCAUCACCCGGCUGGAGGUGAACGGGCGGAUGGUCAGCGUGCUGGUGGACACGGGCUGCACGGACACGCUCGUGCACGCCGGCCACUGCGCACAAUGGACACCGCGGAUGGUGCAAAUGGCCACGAUUAACGGCCAAGAACUCAGGUGCUGCGGGACCGGCAGCAUAGUGAUCAAUACCACGGACCGUCGAGUGACGCUCGAGGUCCUGGUAGUGCCGGGCCGACCGCUGUGUGUUGACGUCGUGCUCGGCAUGAAUGGCAUCACUGCCCUGGGAGGCAUCAGCGUGCGGACGCCGACAGACGUGCGGUUCUACGGGGCGGCAGCUGUGACCCAGCGAGGCCUAGAGGUGGAUGCAGCCGACUUAACGGCGAGGUUUAGCGGCAAAAAGCAGGCGUGGACGGUUGCCUGGGAGUGGAAGGACGGCACGGGCCCAGAAUGUCUACACAAUGUGGUGGCCGAGUAUCCUGUGCCCGCGGACGCGCGGCAGGCGUACGACGCGGAGAUCGACGCAUGGAUCAGCAAUGGCUGGCUGAUGCCGUACGACAAACAGGUGGAUGGACCACCGCGCGGUCUGGUGCCGCUGAUGGCGGUGCGGCAGGCAAACCAGGAUAAGGUGAGACCUGUCCUGGGCUAUCGCGAGCUGAACAGCUUCGUGACGGCCCACACGGUGGACGCGGACGUAUGCGCCGACCAGCCCCGAAAGUGGCGGCGACAAGGGACCCGCGUCACCGUGGUGGACCUGUGCAGGGCGCACCUGCAGCUGCGCCUGGAACGCCGACUGUGGCCCUACCGGACGGUCAUGGUGCGAGGACAGCGCUACUGCCUGACACGACUGGGGUUUGGGCUCAACGUCGCCCCGCUCAUCAUAAAGGCUGUCUUUCGCGCAGUGCUGGCGGAGGACGCCGACAUGCAGCGCGCCGUGCUCCCGUACGUGGACGGCCUGCUGGUCGACGAGAACAUCAUGAGCGCAGACCGCGUGGUGCGCCACUUUGCUCGCUUCGGCCUGGCCUACAAAGCGCCUGAGCGCGUAGCGGACGGCGCGCGCCUGCUCGGCCUACGCGUGCAGCUGGUGGAGAGGAAACUGCACUGGUCGCGCGACAAUGGCGUCGCUGCACCACCGGAGGAGGUCACGCGGCGCGCUGUCGGCUGGCUUCGCCCUGCUGUCGCGUGGCUGAAGCUUAGGGUGAAUGCUGUCAUGCGCGGGUCGGACGACGCCACCACGGACGUGGCACUCCUCUCCCAGAUCUCUCAGACCGCAGAUCGACUGAAGACGAACGACCCGGCCCACGGCCCGUGGAGCCUGACGGGUGAAAAGGUCAUCGUUUGGACGGACGCCAGCGCCAUCGCUGCAGAUGUGGUUAUCGAGAGCCCAGACGACGGUGCGGUAGAGGAUGCCUGCUGGCUGCGCCCUGAGACCACGAUGUCAGCACACACCAACAUGGCGGAGCUGGAUGAGGCGGUGCGCGGGACCAACCUGGCCAUCGCCUGGGGGAUGCAGAUCAUCGACCUCCGCACUGACUCCGAUGCGGUCCAUCGGUGGAUUGACGACGCGCUGAGUGGCCGCGCGUGUCUUCGCACCAAGGCGCAUGGCGAAAUGCUGAUUCGACGGCGCAUGGACGCCAUCCGGCAGUUGGUGGAUGAGCUGAGCCUGACGCUGGGCGGUUCGCGCUGGUGCGGGUCGGAUGGAAACCGGGCGGAUACCCUGACCCGCGUCCCAAAGGAAUGGCUGCGCGGGACUCAGGUAGACGACGAUGUGCCAGUUAGGAUCCUGGCACGCACCGGGGGCGCAGGUGCCGUGGGACGUGGCAAGAGCAUGCGCAUUGGCUCCAGGGCGGCAGCUGCCGCCGUACAUGAUGGUGCUGACGCGGCGAAGGGCGGCGAUAGCAUGGACAUCGAGGCGCGGAUCAUGGCUGCCCAAGAGAGUGCUGGCCAUCCAGGAAUCCGCCAGACACUGUACUUC